AUGACUCCAAUGCACGAGUCGUCCAAUCAAGUCCAUGGAAAUGCGGCGCACUUGGGUUCUGCUCAACGCCCUGCCACUUACAACUCGAUGCUGGGCCUGUCUACCCCGUCAAACCCAGUCCACGUCUUCGCAAUUGACUAUCGAGGAUUUGGUGUGAGCACUGGAACUCCCACAGAGGAAGGUCUCAUCACAGAUGGCGUCUCACUCAUUAACUUCCUUACCGCAGGGCCAUUGAAGGUUCCCACUUCUCGCAUCGUCAUCGUGGGGCAGAGUUUGGGAACUGCAGUCACAACUGCAGUGGCAGAGCGUUUUGCAUUCGGAUCAUCUGACCCAGCAGCUGUCCAACCAGCCAUCAAGAACGCCGAGCCAUUCGCUGGAGUGGUCCUGUUGGCAUCCUUCAGCAGCCUAGCCAAUCUCAUUGAAUCCUACAGCUUCAAGGGCCUCACGCCACCUAUUCUGUCCCCCAUUAUGGGAUAUCCUCGGUUUCAGAAGUGGUUGUUGAGCCAUAUUGUGGACCACUGGGACACGGCUGGGAGACUGGCUCGUCUUACCGGCGUCAAUGCCACUUCGUUAACCGCUGUAGAUUUGGAAUACACCGAUCAAAGCCUUGAUCUGACGAUUGUUCACGCCUUAGACGAUGCUGAAAUUCCCUGGUACGAAGGACGCCGUGUUUGGGAGGCUGCCACGGGUAAACACAUUAAGGGUGCUCCCGGCGCUGUGACGCACUACAAAGCCGAGGACGGCAACCCUAGCGAGGUCAAGAUCUGGAAGAAUGAGAUCAGCAAUGAAGAUGGCACUGAGAUUGUGAAGACAGUUAGAUGGGAACGGAUUCGAUACGGUGGUCACAAUCGUGUUGCAUCGGGCUCAGUAGCGGGUCUUGCGGUUAUGAGGGCCUUCGAGCAGUGA